AUGCUCAAAUGGAUUCUCUUCCCUCUCUCUGUAUAUUAUGGGGGUAAAUAUGCAGGGAAAGUGUUGAUAGAUGAAGAAGCAAAAAUGAACUUUGGACAAAGAUGUAAAAAAGUAGGCCUUGACGCUGAGAAACACAUUGUUACAACUGAAGAUGGAUAUGUGCUACAACUUUUCAGAGUGAAAUCUAGUGAAGAACAGAGUUCUCAACCUCCAAUUUACUUUCAUCAUGGAUCCCAAGCCUCAGCAUUGGAUUGGGUGGCCAACAAAGAAAAAUCUUCUCCAUUUGUAUUAGCGAAGAAUGGAUAUGAUGUAUGGGUAGCAAAUGCGAGAGGAUGAGCAUACAGUAAACUUCAUAAAUAUCUUGAUCCUGAAAAUGACCCUGAGUUUUGGAAUUUCUCAUUUGAUGAAAUGGCUAAGUAUGAUUCGAAAGCUAUUAUUGAGCAUAUUAGGAAAAACAAUGAUCACAAAUCGCACAGAGUCAGCUUUAUUGGACAUUCUCAAGGAGGAUCUAUAAUCCUUGCAGCAUUGUCAGAAGAUCCGAAAUGGUUUGAAGAUAAACUCAGUCUUGCGGUUGCUGUUGCCCCUGCCACAAGGAUGAAAUUAACCAAAGCAAAGGGUCUCCAAAAGAUGUGAAAAAGUGAUUUUAUCCAGAAAAUAGUGAGCAUGCUAAAGAAGCAUAGAAUGGAUCCUCCAAAUCCGAUUAUUAACUCAGCUUGGUGCUGAUUAACAAAAGUGUGUCCUCCAAUAAUGAUAAGAUCAAUGAAGAAGGUUAAUGACUCGAAUCCAGCUUCAAACAACUUGGAUUCCUGCCAAAUUCUCUGGUAUAGCCAUCCUAAUGGAACCUCUUUCAAGGCUGUAAAGCAUUGGAGUCAGAUAAUCAAAAGUGGAAGAUUUGAAAAGUUUGAUUAUGGAAGAGAAAAGAACUUAAAAAUUUAUGGAAAAGAAGAACCUCCACUUUACAAUCUCUCUAAAGUUCAAGAAUCAAAUAUCCCAAUUGCUCUUCUUACAGGCAAAAACGAUAUGCUCGCCUCCCCUGAAGACUGAGAAUGGACAAAAACCGAAUUAGGAAGCGCAUGAAGGUUCCACAAAGAAUACGAUUAUGGCCAUAUGACCUUCGUUGCAGGAAAGGACAACUCAUACAUCAAGGACAUCAUGAAAUUGCUUAAGGAAUAUAGUGAAUAG